CGCCUCUCUCUCUUCGGUCCUCUGUCUUUCUGGCUACUCCCGUGCGUGGCUGAGGAAAUAAAUGCCCAAGCCUCGGGAAAGAGAAGUAAAGCAGGCGCCGCCGCGGCGUCCUAGGGAUUCCCGCGGCGUGGAGGAAUUAAACUCUUUGUUCUUCCACAGGGAUCCGUGUCUGGGGAAGAGCCGAAAGGUUCGCGGAAGAGGGAUGGGCGGGGCUUGAAGGAUCGAAGGCUGCGUUUCCCAAAAUAAAAUAGGGCGCUCCCGCCUUUUCGGGGGGAGCCGCUUGGUCUCCUUUCGGGUCCGCCCGUCUUCUGCAGCUGCUACACCCUCUUUUGUUUGACUGGCAACGUUCGCGAAUUCUUCCCUUCACGGUCCAUUCUUAGCCAAGCCGCUUAAAAGGCACGGAAAUGAGAAGAGGCGCUGGGAUGGCUCCUUAUGGGUAGUUUCAACAUUUCUCUCUCUCUCUCUCUCUCUCUCUCUGGGCGUUUAAAAAGGCUUUUUUUGCUCUUUGCGUUUAGCUUUGACGCUGGGGUGAUUUGUGCGCAUAUGCACACAACCAACAGUUUGUUCGGCUCCGGCUUUCUUAACAGCCAGAGACGAUCGGAGUAAGAACGCCGUUGUAUUUGGUUGCCAGAGGUGGUGUUUGGCGUUUCAGUUCGUCCUAAAUGGCACUAGGGGUUGUGGUCUCAACGGAUUUUUACAACCAGCCCAGAUUGUUCAUGCUGCUAAGAGUUGACCUGCUAAGAGUUUAAAUGGACCGUAAAUUUGAGCACAGUUGUUCUGUAGGAGUAAAGCCGAGAGAGCUGACAUUAGGAAUUGGAUACUUCAUGAGUGACUUUUUCUGAUGUGGAUAUGAAUCUCUUGUUGGAAAAAUGUUGGACUCUAUAACUGCUGGAUAGAGAUGAGCAACUGUCUACAGGCAACAAGAUGCAGUUGCCACCACAGAUGGUUCUGAAGAGAAAUGAUGUUUGAAAGGACAGUCUUUUAAUAGUUCCUGUGUGGGGAUCAAAAUAGAAAAUCAUGAUAGCUACCGGGGGAGUCAUAACAGGACUGGCUGCCUUAAAAAGGCAAGAUUCUUCCAGGUCCCAACACCAUCUGAAUCGCGCAACAUCACCAGCUCCUGAGGAACAGAAGCCAGUCAAGCGUCGGCCAAGGACAGAUGUGGUUGUAGUCCGAGGCAAAAUCCGGCUAUAUUCCCCAUCAGGGUUCUUCCUUGUCCUGGGAGUGCUGAUUUCCUUCCUGGGAAUUGCUAUGGCUAUUCUUGGUUACUGGCCCCCAAAAGACUCAUUCCUAGAGCCUGAAGACAGCUUGUCACUAAAUGAGACUCGGUUAAUAGGAAAAGGAGAUGGAUUUAUUAUGCGCUUCGUUGAGCGGCAUUUACAUUCCGAUAAAAUGAAAAUGCUGGGGCCUUUCACUAUGGGGAUUGGAAUAUUUAUUUUUAUUUGUGCAAAUGCCAUGCUCCAUGAAAACCGGGACAAGGAGACAAAAAUUAUACACAUGAGGGACAUCUAUUCCACUGUAAUUGACAUCCAUGCUCUGAGAAUCAGUGAGCAAAGGCAGCUGAACGGUGCCUUUACCGGCUUAGCAGGAGAGAAUGAAAUCAAGCAUGGUGGAAGCUCUUGUGCAUCACGGCUGGCUGCAAAUACAAUUGCUCCUUUCUCAAGCUUUGCAAGCAACUUCCACAUGGUUAGCAAUGAUGAAGAAGAUGAAUUUGCUGGAAAUGAGACCAAGAAAUCAAUCCCAAAUCUUAUGUCACCUUUGCUGAUGGAACACUCUGGUUCAGUCUUUGGCCUUUACCCUCACUCUGGGAAAGCCAGGGAUGAAAGAAGCAGUGGCUCUCUGAAGUGUGAAACAAAAUCAAUUGUGUCAUCUUCCAUUAAUGCUUUCACAUUACCUGUAAUCAAACUGAAUAACUGUGUUAUUGAUGAGCCAAGUAUUGACAGCAUCACUGAGGAUUCAUCAAGGAGUAGAGACAGACCUAGAAAUUUGUCCAUGGAUUCUUUAGCUCUCCCAUUAAUGAAUACCAGCGAUAGCUACAAAUCUGCCAAUGCUUUGUUACCACGCAACAAUUUAUAUGGAGACUCUUCCUUCAGUCAGUUCAAGUCUUCAAUGACUCUCGGAGCCAGCACUGGACAGCUCUUAUCACCUGGUGCAGCCAGAAAACAGUUUGGGUCCAACACCUCUUUGCAUCUCUUGUCUUCACAUUCAAAGUCCCUAGACUUGGAUAGGGGUCCUUCUACUCUCACUGUCCAAGCUGAACAAAGAAAACAUCCAAGCUGGCCACGACUGGACCGGAGUAACAGCAAAGGUUAUAUGAAGCUAGAAAAUAAGGAAGAUCCUAUGGACAGGCUUCUCGUACCACCAGCUACAGCGAAGAAGGACUUUACUAAUAAAGAAAAACUGUUGAUGAUUUCCAGAUCUCACAAUAAUUUGAGUUUUGAGCAUGAUGAAUUUUUGAGUAACAAUUUAAAGCGUGGCACUUCAGAAACAAGAUUUUGAUGGUCAGAUGACUACGGUUAAUAUAUUUGACAGUAUUUAUUUUAUAAAAUAAACACUUUAAACCCUCCCUUUCAUUCCUUUUCAGUGCAACCUUGUUUUUAUUGAAUAUUUCUCUCUGAUUAAAAUUGACAGUUGUGUUUGCAAAUACUACUUUUUUUCAUCACCGCCAUGCCAAAAGUUUAAUGUUAAGUGGCUUGUUCAUGAAAACAUGGCCCUGACAUAAUGUUAUUUGGUUAGUGAUUGUAUUAGGUGGUAAUUGUAUGGUGAAUUAAGAAAUGAGAAUGUCUUAAUUUACAGCUACUAUGCCACUUAUCAUUGUUCAGCAUAUUUGAGUGGUCUAAAUCUAGAUUGCUUUCUAGUCAUUUCUUCUUUGUUUCAACAUAAGGAUGUUUCGAUUUGCUUUGUUUUUCAUAGAUAAAGGUACAGUUGUAGCUGAAUAAAUAAGUUUCAGUGUUCAGAACCAUCAGAGACUCCAAGUUUAAGAAUGAUGUUUUUGGCUCAUGAUGGAAAUGGAUGUAAAGUCUGCAGUACCAAAGUCAUAUUUGGUACCAUUUGUAGAAUCAACAAAGGUACUUAAAGUGAACUCAGAACAAAUUUCUGGAUGUUUUUGUUUUGCCCCCUCUUCUGUAUCUAAAAGCUUUCAUCUUCUACCAGAGAGAAUUGUCAUUUGCCUCAGUUGCUGCUGUUCGAAAAAAAGUCCACAUCUAAUCUGAGCAUGGAGAAUUGCACAGUGGAUUGAAUUUAAGCCAAAUAUGUUACAAGCAGAGGACCCAAAACUAUUGUCCUGCAAAACUCACUGAAAUCUUUCCCAAUUAGAUACGUUGGAAUGUCAAACCAGCAUUGAAAGUAGUAGUUCUAACACACCUGGAAGGCACAUGAUUAGAGAAUGCCAAAAUAUCACCUAUUCAAUUACUUGCCAUUUAUUACAAUAGGUUGCACCUAUUUUUUCUUUUAUAUAAAGGAAAAAUGUUGAUACAAGUGAAAUAACAUUAGAUAUUUGUGAUUGUAGGGAAAAUAUGAGGAGAAAUAUGAAAAUUAAAAAUAAUAUGUACAUUUUCUGAAAAUACCUAAUUCCUAUUUUGUGAAUGAAGAAGAUCCAUUAUUAUGAUUUAAAUUGAAGGACAUAAAACUAGAUCUUUUGUUAUUCAUCACCCAGGGUUGGGUGGAAGGAGACUGAAACAAUUUUGUCAUUCUCUUCCCAAAAUUAUUUCUGAUGCAGUUUAUCACAAAGGUAUUCUUUAUUUGGCAGUUUAUCAAGGAGCAAUAUCUGUUGUUCUGGUAAAAAUGACCAACAGAGAGGUGUUCACAAAUGUUUUCUUUUAAUCACUUCUUGCUUUAUCACUAGAUCCGCAAGUUAUUUGGAGAUUUAUAGGAGUUCAUCAUCAUGAGGGCCAUAUAUAGGUGAAACUCGAAAAAUUAGAAUAUCAUUUAUUUCAGUAAUGCAACUUAAAAAGUGAAACUAAUAUAUGAGAUAGACUCAUUACAUGCAAAGUGAGAUAGUUCAAGCCUUGAUUUAUCAUACUUUUGAUGAUUAUGACUUACAGCUCAUGAAAACCCCAAAUUUACAAUCUCAGAAAAUUAGAAUAUUACAUGAAAUCAAUAAAACAAGGAUUGUACAUAGAACAAUAUCGGACAUCUGAAAAGUAUAAGCAUGCAAAUGUACUCAGUACUUGGUUUGGGCCCCUUUUGCAUCAAUUACUGCCUCAAUGCGGCGUGGCAUGGAUGCUAUCAGCUUGUGGCACUGCUGAGGUGUUAUGGAAGACCAGGAUGCUUCAGUAGCAGCCUUCAGCUCUUCUGCAUUGUUUGGUCUCAUGUCUCUCAUCUUUCUCUUGGCAAUGCCCCAUAGAUUCUCUAUGGGGUUCAGGUCAGGCAAAUUUGCUGGCCAAUCAAGCACAGUAAUCCCAUGGUCAUUGAAACAGGUUUUGGUACUUUUGGCAGUGUGGGCAGGUGCCAAGUCCUGCUGGAAAAGUCAGCAUCCCCAUAAAGCUCGUCUGCGGAAGGAAACAUGAAGUGCUCCAAAAUCUCCUGGUAGACGGCUGCGUUGACCCUGGACUUAAUGAAGCACAGUGGACCAACACCAGCUGAUGACAUGGCUCCCCAAAUCAACACAGACUGUGGAAACUUCACCCUGUACUUCAAGCAUCUUGCAGUGUGUGCUUCUCCAUUCUUCCUCCAGACUCUGGGUCCUUGGUUUCCAAAUGGGAUGCAAAAGUUGCUCUCAUCAGAAAAGAGGACUUUGGAUCACUGAACAACAGACCAGUUCUUUUUUCCUCUAGCCCAGGUAAGAUGCUUCUGACGUUGUUUGUUGUUCAGGAGCAGCUUGACAAGAGGAAUACAACAUUUGAAGCCCAUGUCCAGGAUCCGUCUGUGUGUGGUGGCUCUUGAUGCACUGACUCCAGCCUCAGUCCACUCCUUGUGAAAGUCCCCAACACUUUUGAAUGGCCUUUUCCUGACAAUCCCUUCCAGGCUGUGGUCAUCCCUGCUGCUUGUGCACCUUUUUCUUCCACACUUUUCCCUUCCACAUACAGUAACUUUCUAUUAAUGUGCUUCGAUACAGCACUUUGGGAACAUCCAACUUCUUUUGCAAUGACCUUUUGAGGCUUUCCCUCCUUAUGGAGGGUGUCAAUGAUGGUUUUCUGCCCAACUGUCAGGUCAGCAGUCUUUCCCAUGAUUGUGAUUCCUACUGAACCAGACUGAGAGACCAUUUAAAGGCUCAGGAACCCUUUGCAGGUGUUAUGGCUUACUUAGCUGAUUAGAGUGAGACACUUUGAGCCUAGAAUAUUGAACCUUUUCACAAUAUUCUAAUUUUCUGAGAUUGUGAAUUUGGGGUUUUCAUGAGCUGUAAGCCAUGAAAAGCUGUAAGUAUGACAAAUCAAGGCUUGAACUAUCUCGUUUUGCAUGUAAUGAGUAUCUCAUAUAUUAGUUUCACCUUUUAAAUUGCAUUACUGAAAUAAAUGAACUUUUGCAUGAUAUUCUAAUUUUUCGAGUUUCACCUGUAUUGCUUAAACUCCAGAGAAGGGAAUUUUACAUUUUAAAAGUGUUUACAUAGCUUGUCCGUUUGGAAUACAGAAACAAUGUUUAAAGUACUUUAAGACUCGCACCCAUACCAACAUGCAUCUCCUUACAGUUAUUUGAUGGGGGGUCUUUGGUGCUCUCUGAACUUGGUUGCCCUGAUUGCACUGAUAAUGUUACCUAGUCUGGCUAGUGAAACGUCUGCAAGAAAACAACCAAGCUCAGAGAGUGCCCCCCCCCCCCCUCAUUUCAACCCUGAGCUACAGAUAUUCUCCUUUAUUGUUACAAUUAUUUACCUGAAAUUUUGUUAGGCUUCAUGUGUUGAGAAGUGUAUAUUCUGUCUAGAAUUGUCAAGUUCUGGCUUUUCAUGAUUUCCAAUGGAAGAUCAUGGAUGUCAUCACCGUUCAGAUUUUUUAAAAAUCUUUUUUCAAUUUUUCUAAGUUGAAUACACUCCAAAAUUAAGUCCGUUAUUGUAAUUUCUAAGUAGCUAAAUAAGAACCUCAACUGAUUCCUGUGACUGGUUCAACCUAUUAUUUCUAUAAUGCAGACACCCUGCACAAGUGUUCCUAGAAACAACGCGAAGACAGUGAAUCCAGAUGAAAUUUUUAAAUAACAGAAUUGGUGUCCUGCUGCCCAGUGUAUUUUUUCUGAACAGGAAAAAGAAAUUCAUCAUGCCUACCACCAUUCAUUAUGAAGUUCCUGUAGACCAUGUUUCUUUACUGUAACACAACUAAUUGCAGUGAUAAAUCAGAUUGUGAAAUGCCACAAAGACAGCAAUACUGAGUGACACUGAAAAUUAUUGUUAAAUUAGUAAGGUGAAUGUUCAUUAGAAAUAAAUUCAUAUGCCUCUCUCAGAAGCCUUUCACAAUUUGGUGCUCUGCAAAUAUUUUUCCAGCCAGCAAAUUAAAAUCCGUGCUGUCUGAGAUUAGGAGCCCAAGAUUAUAUGGCAGCAAGUUAAGGCUACCCUGAAGCCUAUUCUUGCUUAAUAGGCAGUAGUCCUUGUUUGUGGUUUUGCCUACAAGAUCACAGUAUUAAUUGGUUAAAAGAUGUUGGUUGUGAUAUAAAUAACUCAGGAACUGAUUUAAUAGCUUCUCCCAAAAUAGUUAUAUGUCAAAUGUUGUACUUUAACUGACGAUGAAAGAUAUUUUUUCUAUGAUUGUCCAGCUCUGUAUUCUAAUAAUAAACUUUUUUUUGUGACAAAAACAUUACUUGCCCAGUGAAUUGAGGCAUAGUGUUAACUUAUUAGAAUUUUAAGCCUAAAUAUUGUAACAGAGUUGACUCAAUAUUUUGCUAUGAAGCUUUUAAUAACUUUCUGGUCAGUGUUCUUAUUACAUUUACUAUUUUUUUAAAUAAAAGCAAAACAUAACACUG